AUGAAAAUUCAUCCCUUUAAACAUAAAGAGGAUACUGAGACAUUGCAUACCUGGAGUAGUCAAAGGUAAUUUACAGAAAUGGGAUCUUAAGUUGGUUUGAUACAAACUCAUAGUGGAUUUCUACAACCAUUAAACAAUAGCAAUAGAAAAAAAAGAGCUAAAACAGUAAAAAAUUUGUAAGAUUAUAAGUUUUAUUUGUAAGCAUACAAUUUUCCUCAACAGCUACUAUAUCUCCUACUCAUUCUCAAAGGACAGAUAAAAAAUUAUAAUUUUAAAGGCUAAUAAGAAAGAUUAUAAAUGCUUAACACUUUAUAGAUGAACUAAGGAAUUAUGCUGAAUAAUUAAGGAGCCAAAAUUUACGUUAUGCUUACAAAAGAAGAAAUUGGUUACCUCUAUUUCCAGAUGAUAUACCUUAUAUAUUAUGGGGAUUAAUUAUAAAUUUAUGCACUGAUUUUGCAGCAAUUUUAUUCCCUUUAUAAGUAGCAUUUGAUUUUGAAGUAUAUUUUAUAAAAUAUAAUAGAGGGAGUAGGCAGUCAACUAACUUUGAUAAUUUAAAUAAUAUUUUGGUUGGAUCUAAUCAUGAAUUUUUUUAUUUGUCAUGUGAAUAAAUAAUUAGAUUUGAUUUACAACUUUAAGGAUAUUGCUUAUCAUUAUUUAAGUAGUUGGUUUAUAUUUGAUUUAAUUUCAGUACUUCCUGAUUUUAAUUUAACUGGACUCAAAUUAUUAAAACUUAUAAGAUUAAUUCGAUUUUUCCUGUUUGAAAGAAGAGUGGCAUACAAUUAAUCUCUUGAUUUAUUGAAGUAGUAGAAGGCAAUUAAAGAUGAAUUAGUAGUAAGAAAUGAAUAUAAUUUGGAUUUGAGAUUAAAGAAAUUAAUAAAGAUCUUUAUGGAAAUGAUAGUACUUAAUCAUUUAUUUGCUUGUUUAUGGUUAUGGAUUUGUAGAUUUAAUGAAGAAACAAAUUGGUUAUCAUAUUAUAACUUAAAUGAAAAGGAUUAAUUAACUCAAUUAAUUUAAGCAUUCUUUUGGGCUUAUUAAACCAUAACAGUAAUUGGUUAUGGGGAUAUAGAAGCUCAUAAUUCAGAUGAAUAUUUACUUGUAAUCAUAUGGAUGUUAAUAGGAGUUGGAUAUUAUUCAUUUACAAUUGGAAAUAUAACAUUUAUUUUAAUUCAAUCUAAUCCUAAUCAAGAAUUUGAUGAUUAACUUUUUAAUUUAGAAGAUAUUAGUGUAAAUAUGCCUGAAUGGAUGUAAGAAGAUUUAUUUAGAUUUACAAAAUAUAAUAUUCAAUAUAAUCCUUUCUGGGCUGAUGAUGCUAAAAGAAUACUUUUUGAAUUACCACAUCAAUUAAUUUUGUAUAUGAUGGCAGCAGUCCAUAAAGAAAUCUUUAGAACUAUUCCAUUUAUGUCUAAUGACAUUAACUUUUCAGCAGCUAUUUUACCUAAUUGUUCCUUAUUCUGUUAUUAAUAAUAUGAAACUAUAUAUCAUAUAGGAUAGAGUGCCAAUGAUUUCUAUUUUCUUAUUAAAGGAGAUGUGAGAUUAUGUGAUGCCCAUGGAGAAUCUAUUAUAAGAGUAAUGGAAGGAACAUGCUUUGGUGAGAUUGAAUCAAUUGAAUAUACUCAAAGAUGUUGGAGUGCUUUGGCAUUACAGGAAAGUAUUGUUUUGAUGUGUUCUGCUCAUUUCUUUUCACAAUAUCUAUAAAAUGAAUCACCUUAAUUUUUUGAAUUACAAUAGAUGUAUAAGAGAAGAAAAAUAAUACUAUUUUAAUAAGCCAAAUUGAAAAGAUGUAAAUAAAAUUGUAUUAAUUUUAAUAGAAAAAUUAAAUAAAAUUAGAAGAGGACAUGCAAUUAAUGAGAGUUAAUAAUUAAACAGAAAAAAUACAAUUGCUUAACAAUUAGACAAUAUGAAAUAAAUGUUUGAUAAUCGUCCAUAUUAAAGUGUUUAAUAAGAUUUAAUGUUACAAAUUGUUGGCUAAAAAUAAGCUAGAUUUAAAAUUAUUAGAGAAAGAUUUGUGAAUGUAAUUGUCUAUCAAUAUUUUUGAUUAGGCCAUUUCUAAAGUUAAAUAUUAUGUUUAAAAAUCAUAAAAAUUAAAGAAUAUUUCUGUUGAUGAUCCUGAUUAUAGAAUUAUUCAAAGUUUAAUAAAUAAUAGAGUUACUAAUAGUGUAUGGAGCAAAUAAAAAUCAAAGAAAUUUGGUUAAAAACUCUUAAGUAAUUUUAUUAAAGCUUGUGAUGAUGAAGAAAUGAUUAAAUCUUUCAUUUUAAAAAGUAAAUAAGAAUCCAUUGAUAGAAUUAUGAGAAAGAAAUUAGUUCAUAUUAUUAGAAACAUUGCAAAACAAUAAAAGAAAGAAAAAGUUGAUAAAAAUAAGAUUGAUCUAUUUUAUGGAAAAUAUCAUUAAUAAAUUUAUGAAGAAAUUAAAUAUGAAAAAUUAGAAGAACGCAAAAAAUAAAAAUAAAAAUUAGAAAGUAUUUAGUAAGAAAAAAGAAUUAGAACACAAAUCUAAGUAUUAAAUUCCAAUUUUAAAUAAUUGUAAAAAUUGCAUACAUCAAUAUCUAUGGCUAUUUUCGAAAUUAAUCAACAUGAAUUUGAUAUAGAUGUUCUUAUAUCAGAACUCAAACAACAAUUAUUAUUAGUUAAAAUUUGA